AUGAGUCAACCGCAGAAGCAUGUCGUGGUCGUGGGACUGGGCAUGGUCGGUAUUUCUUUCAUUGAGAAGCUGUUAAAGUACGAUGCAAAUACAAGGGAAUACAACAUUACUGUCCUCGGCGAUGAACCCCACCUGGCCUACAAUCGAGUCGGCCUCACAAGUUUCUUCGAGCACCGAAAAAUUGAAAAUCUCUACCUCAAUCCUGCUGAAUGGUAUCAAGAAGCUCCCAAAGGUGCCUUGAAUUGCCACGUCAACACCAAAGCCACCAGCAUCAACUCAGAAGCCAAGACCGUCGCCUGCGCAAACGGUCAAGUCUACUCGUACGACAUCCUCGUCCUAGCCACCGGCUCUGACGCUCUCCUCCCUCGCGAACUCCCAGGCCACGACGCCACCGGUGUCUUCGUCUACCGGACCAUCAACGAUCUGACCAGCCUCAUCGACUUUGCCGACACAAGAACAGGAACCAAUGCGGUUGUCGUCGGCGGAGGUCUGCUGGGCCUGGAAGCCGCCAAGGCCAUGUUGGAUCUAGAGCGCUACAGCAAAAUUAGCCUCCUUGAACGUGCCAAAUGGGUCCUCAGCAGGCAGCUAGAUGCGGAUGCCGGCAAGAUGGUCAUUGACCAGGUCCGCAUGCUAGGAGUGGACAUCAUGCUGAGCAAGCGCGUGGCAAGCAUCAAAACUGAUGAGAGCAACAACCUCACGGGCGUUGUCUUCGAAGACGGGGAGGAAAUUGACUGCUCAACACUCUGCUUUGCCAUUGGUGUCAAGGCCAGGGAUGAGUUGGCUCGAGUAUCCGGUCUCGAAUGCGCUGAGCGAGGCGGCAUCGUCGUUGACGACGGUCUGAAAACCAACAUCCCAGACAUUUACGCCGUCGGCGAGUGCGCAAGCUGGAAAGGCCAAACCUACGGCCUGAUCGGCCCCGGCGUCGAGAUGGCAGAUGUCCUCGCCUUCAACCUCACCCAGGCCAAGCUUCACUCACCUCGAACCUUUAAGCGGCCCGACCUCAGCACGAAGCUCAAGCUCCUCGGCGUCGACGUCGCCAGCUUUGGCGACUGCUUCGCCGAUGUCAAAGGUCCCCUGUCUCUCCCGCCCAAGUUCGCAAAGUCGUUACGAGAUGGGACCGGCGCGCAAUUGACGAACGGUGCCGCUGCUGCCGCCGCCGCUGCAUCUGUUCAGGCCCUGACUUACAGAGACCCCUUUCUGAAUGUGUACAAAAAGUACAUCUUCACCAAGGACGGCAAGUAUCUCCUCGGCGGCAUGAUGAUUGGCGACACCAAAGACUACGUCAAGCUCGUCCCCAUGGUCAAAACCAUGAAAGAGCUAGACGUGCCUCCAAGCGAGCUCAUCCUCGGCGCCAAAAAGGACGGCGACGACGGUGAUGAUCUCCCGGAUGACGCCCAGAUCUGCUCCUGUCACAACGUCACCAAGGGCGAUGUAGUUGCCGUCGUCAAGGACGGUUCCUGCAAGGACCUUGCCAGUGUCAAGUCAUGCACCAAAGCCGGCACAGGUUGUGGUGGCUGCAUGCCUUUGGUAACAACCAUCUUCAACAAGACCAUGGCGGCCAUGGGCAACGAGGUCAAGAACCACGUCUGCUCGCACUUCAACUACUCUCGGGUGGAUCUAUACAACAUCGUCAUGGUAAAACGCCUCAAGUCUUUGAAGGAGGUGAUGAGGGAAGUCGGCAACGACAAGGCGAGUCUCGGUUGCGAGCUGUGCAAACCUGCUGUGGCGAGCAUCAUGGCGUCGCUGUGGAACAAGCAUGUCAUGGACAAAACCACCUACGGUCUACAAGACACCAACGAUCGCUUCUUGGGCAACAUCCAGCGCGAUGGAACCUACUCCGUCGUCCCCCGGAUAUCCGGCGGCGAGAUCACGCCAGACAAGCUCCUGGCCAUCGCCCAAGUGGCCAAGAAGUACAACCUCUACACAAAGAUCACCGGAGGCCAGCGCAUAGACUUGUUCGGCGCCAAGAAACACGAGCUCCUCGACAUCUGGGGCGAGCUCGUCGCCGCAGGCAUGGAAUCCGGCCACGCCUACGCCAAGUCGCUCCGGACCGUCAAGAGCUGCGUCGGAUCGACGUGGUGCCGCUUCGGCAUCGGCGACAGUGUUGGCAUGGCAGUGCGGUUGGAGGAGCGCUACAAGAGUGUUCGCGCGCCGCACAAGAUCAAGGGAGGUGUAAGCGGAUGUGUGCGAGAGUGUGCCGAAGCCCAGAGCAAGGAUUUCGGUUUGAUCGCCACGGAAAAGGGCUUCAACAUCUUCAUCGGUGGCAACGGCGGUGCAAAGCCACGACACGCCGAGCUCUUGGCCAAAGACGUGCCCCCAGCUGAGGUUGUCCCGAUCCUGGACCGCUACCUGAUGUUCUACAUCCGCACGGCCGACAAGCUGCAGCGCACAGCUCGCUGGGUCGAGAACCUCCCCGGCGGCCUCAAGUACCUGCAGGAGGUGAUCCUCGAGGACAAGCUCGGCAUCUGCGCGUCGCUCGAGGCCCAGAUGAACGAGCUCGUCGACAGCUUCUUCGACGAGUGGGCCGAGGCCAUCCGCACGCCCGCCAUCGCCGCCAAGUUCCGGCAGUUCCACAACACCAGCGACACGCUCGCCAACAUGGAGGUCGAGCAGGACCGCGACCAGAACCGGCCCGUGUUCUGGGCCGGCGAGUCGGCGGCCGAGGACUUCAAGGGCCUUGGAGACCGCUGGUCGACGACGUCGUGGCAGCCCGUCAUCGAGUCGUCGUACUUUGACGGCGCCGACGAGCUGCCCAACGGCAUUUCGGCCACUAUCAAGCGCGGAGAUACGCAGCUUGCUGUCUGGCGCAUCCAGGGAACGUACUACGCCACGCAGCAGAUGUGCCCGCACAAACGUGCCUUUAUCCUCUCCGACGGCCUCGUCGGCCAGGAGCCGUGCAACAAGUCUGCCAACGGCAACGGGGAUGCUCCCAGCAGCACGACUUCUCCCUGGGUGUCGUGCCCGCACCACAAGCGCAACUUUGACCUGGGCAACGGCUCCUGCAAGACGGACGAGGCCCUCUCCAUCGCCACGUUCGCCGCCGAGGCUCGGCCGGACGGCAUGCUCUACCUGAGGCUGCCUCCAGUCGACGAGCUGGAUGCGGCGCUGGGCACCAAGAAGUGGAUGGUCAAGCAGGGCGAGAGCAACGCGGCCGCCCCGAUGAAGGAGCUGGACAAGCGCAUCAAGUUUGUCGGGCUCAGGGGCAAGAAGCCCGGCGUGCGGCCCAUCGCCGGGACAAAGAUGAUGAAGCCCGUCGAGCUGAUGACGGGCGGUGGAUGCGGAAGCGCGCCGGAAUGGUAG